CUUUGAUGCUGGCGCGUUCCAGCUCCGCGCCUCAGUGUGUCGUUUCCAAAAUGGCAGACGGACCGACGUCGUGGCCUAUCGUCGGAGGCCAUGGGGGUGUGAUGCUGCACCAGGACCCGCUUGGAGUGUCGCCGAGGGUGUUCCUCCACGAAAGAGAAGCAGGGUUCGAUCGCGUCUGUGCCGGCGGCCCUAAGGGAUUGCCUAGACGGGGGGACAGCAGCCACAAGGCCAAAGAUGAGGGCGACGACGACGAGGAAUGCAGGAAUAAGAAGCGGUGCAUGGACCGAUAUGACAGCUCGGAGUCUUCAGACAGCCUUGCCGUCGUACAUAUGAUCUACGAUGUUAAUUUGCGACGCUGUCGUGAUAACUUGGACUUAGAAUCAGGUAUGAACUGA